GAGAAGGAAAAAAAGAGCCAAAAAAUGAAAGCCCAGCUGCUGGGGAUGGCGCUGGAUUCAGCAGUGCUGGCGGCACCUGCAUCCCUUUGGGGCACAAACUGCGGCAACAGGGUUCAUUAUCUCAUGAGGGUCUGGGGGGGCUUUGAGGUUGCCGGAAUCGCCAGCACCCUCCUCCCGUGGGUUAAUCCCAUCGAGUGGUGGUAUAGAAGUGUAGCUCUAUUCUGAAUCCUGACGCUAUAAAUUAUGAAUAUAAAGCCGUGAAAUAGCUCCUGGAUUUAAUUACCCCAUGAUUAAACGAUGUAAUCACUGGGAAAACAGCCUCCUCGAGGAGCACACGUGAGCUGAGCCCCCCCCCAGCACCGGGGAGAUGCUGUGCCCACACUGGCACAGGGGGUUUAUUAUUCACGAGGCAAAAACCACCUUGAUUUAGGGGAGCAGCUGGAGCCGGAUGCUUUCGGGUGCUGCUGCAGCACCCUGGGUGCUGGGGGGGACACAAGCACACUUUGGGUGCCCCCCAUCGAGAGGAGGCUGGCGGCUGCAAAAGGAGGUGCCAGCCACAGUGCCAACAUUUUACACCCCAACCCUCUGCCAAAGCGGUGGCAUGGCUGAACACCAACCUAACCACAAGGGUCUUUCCAGGGACAGUUAAUUAGUGGGGCACUAAUGAGGCUUAAUGACCUCACCUGGGGUGUCCCAACACCCACGGGACCUAUUUAAGCUCAGCCCAGCCAUGGAGCCUGUUGCUGCUCAUCCCAGCCAAGGCUGCACAUGGAUGUGCAUGUGCAGGGAUGCAUAAAUUCACGGGGAUGCGCACCUAGACAAGCGCCUGUGACCGUAAAGGAGCGUAUACCUGCAGAGGGAUGCCCAGGGACCCCUAUAGACCCACGCACGUGGCUUUGGCAGGGGUGCAAGGUGGGGCGGGGGGGGGGGGCAGGCAGCACCUUUGGGUGAGCACGAACCUUUUCUCCCACCCUGAAAAUACCCGAGGGUGGGAUGCGACCUGUACGGGGCGAAGCAUCCCCUUUUCGGCACCUCCAUCUCACGGCACAUCCUGCGCGGGCCGGGGCAGCGCUCAGCCCCUUCCUGCCCGCGGGGGAGGAAGAGCGAGGGCUGCGAAGGCUGCGAAGGUGCUUGGUGGAGGAGCUUGAGCCCAGCCGUCCACCUUUUCUCUGCAUGGAGGUGGCCCCAUGGCUUUUCUCCGGCGCCUUUUUGGCUUUUCGGAAAAGAAGAAGCCGCCGAGGCAGUAUGAGCACGUUAAACGGGAUGUCGACCCCGAGGAGGCCUGGCAGGUGCUGGGCGAGCUGGGCGAUGGCGCCUUCGGCAAGGUCUUUAAGGCGCAGAACAAGGUGACGGGGGUGUUGGCGGCCGCCAAGGUGAUCGACACCCCGAGUGAGGAGGAAUUGGAGGACUACGUGGUGGAGAUCGAGAUCUUGGCUUGUUGUGACCACCCCAACAUCACUAAGCUGCUGGAUGCGCUCUACUGGAAUGGGCGGCUCUGGAUCCUGGUGGAGUUUUGUCCCGGAGGGGCCGUGGAUGCAGCAAUUUUGGAGCUGGAGAAAGGGUUGACGGAGGAGCAGAUCCGAGUGGCUUGCAAGCAGCUGCUGCUGGCACUGCAGUACCUGCACGGCUGCAAGAUCAUCCACAGGGACGUGAAGGCUGGCAACGUCCUGCUCACCCUCGACGGGGACAUCAAGCUGGCCGAUUUUGGUGUCUCGGCCAAAAACUCCAGCACCGUCCAGCGCCGGGUGUCCUUCAUCGGUACCCCGUACUGGAUGGCCCCAGAGGUGGUACAGUGUGAGACGUCCAAGGAGAGCCCCUACGGCUACAAGGCUGACAUCUGGUCGCUGGGCAUCACGCUGAUCGAGAUGGCCGAGAUGGAGCCCCCCUACCACGAGCUGAACCCCCUCCGGGUGCUGCUGAAGAUCGCCAAGUCCCAGCCGCCCACCUUGCGUCACCCCAAGAGGUGGUCUGAAGACUUCAAGGACUUCCUGAGGAAAUCCUUGGAGAAGAGCCCCGAGGCGCGGUGGUCGGCCAGCCAGCUCCUGCAGCACCCCUUUGUGGCGGGCAUCUCCGACAAGCGGCCGCUCCGGGAGCUGGUGGCUGAAGCCCGGGCUGACGUGCUGGAGGAAGAGGAUGAGGAGGAAAGUCCAGUCCCCUUGCCUGGGCAGCAGCAUGGAGAGUCCUCCUGCCCCCCAACCCUGGGGGGUCCCCUGGAUGAUCGGCCCCCGGACUCUGCGGGGAGAGUCGGCGAGGAGCCAGGCAUUCCAUCCGACGUCCAGGUGGUGGCAGAGCCAAGGACCAAGAAAGCAUCUGACUUCUUGAAGCAAAGGAGGAGGAGGUCCUUGCUCGAGCCCGUGGGCUCCAUGAGGCUCCCUGCAAAGAGGCCGUCCGAGUUUCUGAAGCUGAUGAGGCGCAGGUCGUUUUUUGGAGGGAUGAAGUCCCAAGAAACACUUAAGGAGCAGCACAGGGCAGAGCUGAGUGGGUUGGAGAUCAUGGCGCUGGGUGCUCCUCAAGGGACAUCAGUCCCAGCAGAGGCAGGAGGAGAAGUUCAAGGGUGUAAAGAGGAGACCAGCCCUCUGGGGACCCCCUGCAACGUGGCCGAGGUCCCCUCAGGGCCACAGCGGGCAGGAGACCUUGCUGAACCGCAAGAGCUGAAGGCAGAGCAGGUUGGACCCAAGGCGGAGCCCCAGGAGGAAAACCACCGUGCUGAUGCAUCACCGGUGGCUGAAACGCUCGCAGAGGGACGGCUUGCAGCCCAACCGAGCCCCGUUUCAACCCCCAAAAGCGAUACAAAAAAGGAGUUAAGCAGAGACCCUACUUGGAACUCACUGGCCCUGCCUGCACCCGUGGACGGGGGCUGGCACAGAGGCUUGGCCGUGGGGCAGCUGGUGGCAGCCCUGGACCUGUGGACCAAAACCCAGAUCUUCAACUCACUGGCAGAGCAUCGGCACCAGGUUACUCGGUCAUUGCUAGACCUGAAGGUUGAGGUUGGCUUCGCUGGGGCUGAAGAUCGCCUUGGGAAGGAUGGUGGCAGAGCAGGGAGGGCACCCAUGGGACCUGAGGGUGCGGGAGAUCCUGAGCAGACUGAGCUGGUGGAGGAGAGGGUGCCACGGGGUGAAGGAUCGCUGACACCCAGUGUGACAGAGGAGGUAGUGGGGGGGUCAGAUGUUCUCAAGGGGUGGCAGGAACCUCCAGCCGGUCUAGGAGAGGCCGGAGAGAGGAACAACGGGGAGAGAAACUCAGGCGUGUGCGAGCCCAUCGCUGACCCCCUGGACCUGGUUGAGCAGGAGCUGGGGAGGAAUGAGGAGGGAGCCACAGACAAUGCUGAAACUGGGGUGGAAACUUCUCCCGAGGAAGCCCUGGUGGCAGCAGAAUUGAAAUUGGAAGAGGAUGUUGUAGAAGGGUGUUUGAUUGGAGACCAUAACCCAGUGGGAGAUGCAGCCGGCCUGGGGGAGGUGAUGCCGGCAGGACAGGAACCGGAGGCAGCCUCUGCAGCAUGUGCGGGAGAGGGACCUGCAAGUGAGGAGGCCCAAAAUUCAGCAGAGGAUUCACCCCCUGUGGAGAUCCCGGGGCCUGGUGAAGAAGAAACAGAAGAGAAAGCGGAAAGCAGCCCCAGAGACAACCAGCCAGGAGCUGCUCAUGGGAAUGGCUGGAAAGGAGAAGAUGGAAAUGAUGGAGAGCUUGGAGAAGAUGGGGUGCAGGUUGUUCCAGCACCUGAAGGGCCAUCAAGGGAUGGAGCUGGAGAGGAGAUGGGUGGCUUGGAGGGUCACAGAGCAGUGCCAGAGCCCCAGGAGGGCCUUGGUGGACAUCCAAAGGCCACAAAGACCGUGAGCUUUGAUGCUGCCCUUGUCCGCACCUCUUCCCAGGCACGGGCAGCUUGGGAAGCAGGGAACCCACCAGAUCCACCUGUCACGUCAAAGCAAGGAGAGGAGCCAUCCCCUGUGGAAAACCCUGCAGAUGUACAAGGUCCAAGUACCCUCCCUGCAGCAGCACAGCCUUUCCCCUCUGCCGGGGAACGCCAGCAGGAACCUGCCUCGCUCCAAAGGACCGUGAAGAAAACCCGUAGGUUUGUGGUAGACGGGGAGGAGGUGAGUGUGACGACCGCCAGGACCGUCCGCAAGGCUGAGGCGAGGGAUGAGAUGGUGCGCUCGGCUCGGCGCCAGGAGCUCCGUGAACUGCGAGUGCUGCAGAAGGAAGAGCAGCGAGCUCAGAGCCAGCUGGAGCAGAAGUUUCACCAGCAGCGGGAGCAGAUGUUUCGUCACAUUGAGCAGGAGAUGACGAGCAAGAAGGACUUUUAUGACCGGGAGAUGGAGAGCUUGGAGCGGCGCUACCAGCAGCUGAAGGAGCGCCAGGAGCUCCAGUACACGGUGAGGCUGCAGGAUGAGGCCAAGCGCCUCAAGUCCCUCCAGGAGAAGAACUGCAGGAGGAGGAUGGAAGAGCUGAAGGGUGAUGGGAGAGAGGAGCAGCGGUUCCUGCAGCAGCAGCAGGAGGAACUCAAUGCAGCCCUGCAGAAGGUCGUCCAGGAGCACAAGAAGAAGAUGACAUCCAUCGACUGGGAGUGCAUCAACAAGAUCCACAGCCUCAGGAGAGCCCGUGAGUCAGUGGUGUGGAACAUGGAGCAAGGGCACCUGCAGGAGAAGUACCAGCUCUUUAGGCAGCAGGUGAAGGAGCAGCACGCGCUGCAGAGGCAGCAGCUCCGCAAACGCCACGAGAAGGAGACAGAGAGGAUGAACCGCUUCCACCAGCUCUUGCUGGAGGACCUGAAGAGCCAGCAGGCGCAGGAGCAGGCUCAGCUGCUGAAAAGCCAGCGCUGCGAUGCCAAAAUCCGCCUGGCCCUCUUCAAGGACAACCUGAAGAUCCAGGAGGCUAAUGGGGCCAAGCAGAGGGAGAGAGCCAAGCAGUUCGUGCAGCAGGAGGAGAGGCGGCAGCGAGCGGAGGCGCAACAGCAGCAGGAGCAGCAGGCGCAGCAGCUGCAGCAGCUGCAGCAGCAGCAGGCCGAGAGCCUGGCAGAGCUGGAGCAGGUGCAGAGCGAGAAGAUGCACCUCUUGGCAGAGCAGGAGAGGAGGCAGCUGGGGCAGCUGGACCAGGAGCACGUCAUGGAGCUCAGCGAGUGGAAGCAACGGCUGGCUGCCCGCAAGGAGAUGCUGGAAGAAGAACUGGGGAACUCGCUGCCGGUGCAGCGGCGAGGAGGGCUGCACGGUGCCCACAGCAGCAACAGGAUCACCCGCUUCUUCCACCUCCCCUCCUGACACUAUGCCACAGAUUACUGGGGAGAGGCAGGCAGCUGCCUGGGGACCAGUCCCACAGCUCUUCUGGGAGAGGGGACUGAAGGAUCUCAAAGGCAAGGUGAGGGGCAGCUGCCCUGGGGGCGACGAGCCCUGGGGCCGGGCAGGAUGUGGUACGGAUCCUGGGGGUGGCAGACGUGGGUGUGUUCAAGCCCACCCUCGCCGUGCUGGAGGGGCUGAGGUGAAGCAGGCGCUGCCACCUCAAAUCGCCCCAGAAGUCCCUCGGGGAAGUCUCCCCCACUGGUCUCGAAGCUGUGGAUACAAGGGGGCUGCUGGUGCUUCCCGUGCAGACCUCCCCUCAGCUGAAUUGCAACUCAAGGAAAUACAUCCUUUCUUGAAGAAA